AUGUUCUUUCGUUUAAUUCUGCUGGUUUUACUUUUCACUUGUAUAUUUAGACAUCUAAAAAUCCAUUUGGGAGACAAGAUUGAUGUUGACAAAGAAGCCUGGAAUCCAGACAAAGAAAUAUUCCACUAUUUUUCUAUGCACGAUUUGAACAAAGAUGAUGUUAUCGAUGGCUUAGAAGUUAUAAAUGCAGUUACACAUGACCAUGAAGAACAUGGAGCACCACAGCAAGCAAAAGAAACUAUAUCUGACGAGGCGUUAGAAUCCGUGGUGGAUCAGCUGUUAAAGGACAUUGACAUAAAUGACGAUGGAUUGAUCGACUACAGCGAAUAUGUGUUGCAGCAAAAAAGAGCUUGA